UUGUGUCUUAGGGUGCUCUUAGCAAUGAAGAACUUUGAUUUGGAUUCAAGAGACCUCAUUCCUGGAUGUCUGGAACCUGGAUACCUGGGUGAGUGGUAACAGAGAGGCUGUGCAUGCCCCAGAGCCUAGGGGCUGGUCACGUCCAGCUGUGUACACUGACCACAUGUCAUGUGGUAUACAUGUACCACAUGUAUCCUUUGAGAAGGUAAUUAAAGAUCCCCAGUGCCACCCCCAGGAAUUCUGUACGUAUCGGCACCUGGUUUUGUUCCUUGUACCACAGAGGAAGCUAAAAAAUCCCAUCAGUCUGUAAGGAAUGGGGUUUACUGCUGUAAGUCAUGGGGAUGGCCCUGUGCCAGUGAGGGACCCUUUGCCAAUAUUUCCGUGGCAUAAAAAAUCUCUGUAUAUUUGCUUUCCAGCCAUCCAGCUAAGGGCAGGGGAAUCCUCUGGACAUGGAGUGGCGACUCUCUGCAGAGACCAGAUCCACCAGGAGGUGCAGGAUUACUAUGGCAAAGAGCUGCAGAAGACAGAGGACCUCAAAACCAAUGCAUGCAUCACUUCAGCCAGGCCCCUUCCCAAGCUGGUGAGAGAUGCUCUGAAGCACAUCCAUGAUGAGGUGGUGGCCAGGUACUACGGCUGCGGUCUAGUGAUCCCUGAGUGCCUGUCUUCGUGCCGGAUUCUGGACCUGGGCAGCGGCAGCGGCAGGGACUGCUACCUGCUGAGCCAGCUGGUCGGGGAGCAGGGCCAUGUCACUGGGAUAGAUAUGACUGAGAGCCAGGUUGAGUUGGCAAAGAGGCACAUUGCCUACCACAUGGAUAAGUUUGGCUACCGAAAGCCGAAUGUGGAGUUCUUCCAUGGUUACAUGGAGAAGCUGGGUGAUGCCAAACUGUCUGAUGAGAGCUACGAUAUUGUCAUCUCCAACGGUGUGAUCAACCUUGCCCCUGACAAGAAGGCUGUGCUGCGGGAGGCCUUCCGUGUGUUGAAGCCUGGGGGAGAGAUGUACUUCAGUGAUGUCUAUGCCAGCCAGCGCCUGAAUGAGAUCAUCCAGAACCACCGGGUGCUGUGGGGAGAAUGCCUGGGAGGAGCCCUGUACUGGAAAGACCUGUACAGCAUUGCUGAGGAGGUGGGGUUCAGCCCCCCAUGCCUGGUCACUGCCAGCCCCAUCACCAUUGGCGACAAGCAGCUGGAGGCCAUCGUCGGCGACUACCGCUUUGUUUCUGCAACUUUCCGCCUGUUCAAGGUGCCGGCUGGCAGCCGGGCCGGGCCAGCACAGGUCAUCUACAAUGGUGGGAUUGUGGGGCACGAGCGAGAGCUGGUGUUUGAUGCCAACUUCACCUUCAAGGAAGGAGAGGUGGUGGACGUGGAUGCUGAGAUGGCUGCAAUCUUGCAGAGCUCCAGGUUUGCGGAGAAGUUCCUGAUCCGAGCUGGCGGUGCUGCAGCACUGCAGGGCUGCUGUCGCAAGGGAGCAAAGGAGAAGAUCUGUGACCCCUUCCAGCUGCUGGAGCAGCUCACAGCCCCAGGUGCUGGUGGCACCUGUGGUCCCCCAGGGUGCUGCUGAGUGGCAAGCAGUGUCCCCACACCACUGUUGGAAGCCAGCGGGGUGGGAGGAUGUGGCCCCAGUGACGUCUUCCACCAGAGAGCAAAUAAAUGUAUCUGAG